AUGUCAGCACUUGCGAUAGUUACGGCUCUUGUAUAUCUCGGCUCUGUCUUAGUCGCGGGCGGGUGCCCUGUAUUGGACACGCCGACGAAGAGCAGUCAUCGUCUGACGAAACGCACGCAGUAUCUGGUUCACGGACUACUAUGGGAUGCGGGGGAGAAAGCGGUAGCAGAGAUGUAUGCAGGUCAUAUCAACAUCAGGACAUACCCAGACGGAUGGCCGAACUCCACCGCCCCUGAAAACCAGGGGAAGCAGCACGUCGCCAACACAUUCUUCUGGUUUGUCCCUGCCCUCCCACCCGCGUCCCCUAACGCGUCACUGGUGCUAUGGUUGCAGGGCGGACCCGGGUCAAGUUCCAUGAUUGGGUUGCUUGAGGAGAUGGGACCGUUUGAGAUCAACAAUGCAACGGGAGCGCUGAGGCGACGAAAGGAAACGUGGAGUCGGGGCAUGUCCUUGCUGUUUGUUGAUAAUCCGGUCGGCACGGGUUACAGUUUCGUAGGCGCGGGCAAGGAAGGAAAUGUCCCUCUCACUAGGAGACUGGAAGACGACGAAGCGCUACCGGCGUACCAUGAAGGCUACCCGACCAACCAGCCGGCGAUCAGCAGGGACCUCAUAUCGUUUCUCGACAAGUUCUACGCGGUGUUUCCGGAACAAUCCUCCCGACCGCUCUACCUCGCCGGUGAAUCGUACGCGGGCAAAUACGUCCCGGAGCUCGCAGCCGCCAUUCUGGCGCGGAACGCGGCUGCGUCGACUUCGAAUGAGCGCAAACUACCGUUGGAGGGCAUUGCUAUCGGGGACGGCCUCACCGACCCAACCACCCAAAUCAAAGCCCACGCGCCAUUAGGACUCGCGUUAGGACUCCUAACUGGAUCUCAAGCGCGGGUGGUGGACACGUUUGCCCAGGAUGCCACAGCUCUCGCGGGAAGCAAGCGGUGGGUGGACGCGACGGUGGCGCGGACGCGGCUGUUUGAGUAUGUAGCCAAUGUCACUGGAGGUGUGAACGCGUACGAUGUGCGGAAAGGUUCGACGCAGACGGACCAUUCGACGCUGGAUCGGUUCUUGUCCCGUGAGGAUGUGCGGAGGGCUAUCAAUGUCUGUCGCGCUGCGACGCAAAUCCAGGAUGGAGUGAGGCGGGUUGGCGACGAAGGGUGCCCACCCGCAUUCCACGCCCGCUCUCCCUUCAUCAAAACCCUGCUCACAGCCGACGUCAUGAAGUCCGCCGUCCCGGCCAUUCUCAACAUUCUCAACUCCGACUCCUGCCGCGUCCUCCUCUUUCAAGGCCAGUUCGAUUUUCGUGACGGCCCGCUUGGCCAAACAGAGUGGAUCGAAAACCUGGAUUGGGAUGGAGCCGCUGGGUACCGUGACGCUGAGCGUGUUGUGUGGAAUGUUGGAGACGAAGUGGUAGGGUAUGUUACAGAGUAUAGGCAGUUAAGACGGGUAGUGUUAACGAGAGCUGGGCACAUGGCGCCGGGAGAUCAAACGACGAUAACGAGGCUUAUGAUGGAACGGCUUAUGAAAGUCUGA